AUGGAAAUCAGUUCUAAUGAGAAUUCUAACGCCACCACCAACUGGUUGUGUGACUAUGAGUUGAUGGAUGAUAUCUCCGCCGUCUCCGCUGCAGCAGAUUUCUCCAGUCUUACUACGCCGCCGCCUUCCGCCGCCGCCUUUUGCUUCGCCUGGCCCACCAAAGCAAUCAGCUGCUGCUCUAUUGUAAGUUCGGAAUUGGAUUGCUCUUUUGAGGAUGCUGAAGGCUUUAAGGAAGUAGGUCCUCGUAAACGCUUAAAGUCUGAGUCAUGCAAUGCAUCUGGAUCUAAAGCAUGUCGAGAGAAGUUGCGGAGAGACCGAAUAAAUGAGAGGUUCCUGGAACUGGGGUCUACCCUUGAGCCAGGCGAGCCACCAAAAACAGACAAAUGUGCUCUUUUAUGCGAUGCCGUUCGAAUGGUAACUCAACUGCGAGUUGAAGCUCAGCAGCUGAAGGAGUCAAACCAGGAUUUGCUGGAAAAGAUCAAAGAACUGAAGGCUGAGAAGAAUGAGCUACGAGAUGAGAAGCUGAGGCUUAAGACCGAUAAGGAGAAGCUCGAACUGCAAAUUAAAGCAUUGGCAGCACAACCCGGGUUAUUAGCCCAUCACUCUGCAAUGGGAGUUGCAUUUGCAAAGGGAGAAGGGAACAAGUUGAUGCCCUUCAUUGGCUAUCCCGGUGUUGCUAUGUGGCAGUUCAUGCAACCUGCUGUGGUUGACACGUCUCUGGAUCAUGUGCUUCGCCCUCCUGUUGCAUAA